GUCAAGUUAUUUCCCAUUGUAUUUGAUGACAUUCUAAGGCUAGUUCUUGUCCAAACGCGUCUUUGCUUGUUUAGUGAAAUGUUUUAUGUCUAGAUCUAGAAUCUCUAGAUCCUAUAUCUUAUUCUUUCCGCCAGGCUAAAGUAGAUUCUAUUAAGAUGACGACGAGACAUCUCACUUUACCGGGAAUGAAUCCUAAAGUCAUGGAGGCAGACUUAAAAAUGAAGUUUAAAGAUGCAGGAAGCUUGAGAUUGACUCUAGGGGAAAUUGGCAAUAGGGUCUCAGCAAUACAAAUAGAUGCCACAAAAGGAGGCGCUUUUAAAAAAGACAUCUUGCAGCCAGAUGGAAUAGUCACAAGAGCUAAAGCAAAGAUAGCUGCCAACAAGCCCAUUAAUUUUCAGAAGGUUGAUGUUGACUUUCAGCCCAUUGAAACUAAUGUCUUUGCAACUAAAAAUGAUACAGCUCCAGUUAAAGUGGAAUAUAUGCCAGGACACAAUCUUUUGCCUAGUGCUUUGAGAAUGGUGCAAAGCGAUAUUGUUUUCUUUGACGGCUUUGGUAACCACCUCCCAAUGGACAUUAGUGAUGAUGGUGAAGGACCUUUUUCAAAAGCAGGAAUAGAAGCCAUAGAAGAUAUAGAUGCAGUAGACAUCCAGAAUCCUCAACUAGUUAGCAUUUAUGUAAAGGAUAUUUACAAUUACAUGAGAUACCUUGAGCAAAAGUACACCAUCCGCCCAAAAUUUCUGGAAGGGACAGACCUUACAGGAAAGAUGAGAGCAAUUUUGAUUGAUUGGUUGUGUCAGGUUCAUACUCGAUUUCGUUUACUUCAAGAAACAUUAUAUCUAACAGUGGCCAUUAUUGAUAGAUAUUUGCAGCAAAAACCAAUUUCAAGACAAAGGCUUCAACUGUUAGGAGUCAGUGCCAUGUUGGUGGCUAGCAAGUAUGAGGAACAGUAUGCACCAGAAGUGGCAGACUUUGUCUACAUUACAGACAAUGCUUAUACUAAACAAGAUGUCCGAGAGAUGGAACAGGACAUACUUAAAACAUUAGAGUUUGGGUUAGGGCGCCCCCAUGGCUUACACUUCCUAAGGAGAUUUUCAAAAGCUGGAAAUGUUGAUCCAAUGAAGCACACUUUGGCCAAAUAUUUGAUGGAAUUAUCUAUCAUUGAGUAUGAUAUGGCCCACCUACGACCCUCUCAUCUGGCAGCUGCAGCUUUAUAUCUGUCCAUAACAGUUUUGGACAAUUCUCCAUGGACAGCUACCUUGAAGCAUUACUCCAAAUUUGAGGAAACUGAAUUGAAGUCUCUAUCUAAAAGAUUGGCCCAGCUUGUAGUGAAAGCUGAAACAAGUAAACUGACAGCCAUCAAGACCAAAUUUGCUAGUACAAAGUUCAUGAAAAUCUCCAGCAUUCCCCAGCUCAAGUCUCAGACUAUGUUGGACAUGGCAGAAAGUAUAUCCUAGCACAGAUACAGCUAUGUAAAUAGUCAGUGUAAAUAAAACCCCAAAAAAAGUUUAACUGUGAUGAAAAAAAAUAUUUUAAUGACUUUCUUCUUUUAUGUAUAUACUAUACUGUUGAAUGAUUUUAUCAGAUAAGUAAAUGAAUAGUUGUAUAAUGAACUUAGAAAUCAGUAGUACCAUACAAAGUGGAGAUCCAAGUCAUCAGGGUCACAUCACUUGUUAUAGAGACUUUUACUUGAAUAAUAAUAAAUUUUAUAUGUAUUUAGUUUUUAUUUGUAUUGGCUUGUCAUAUUUGUGAUUUGGCCUUCAUUGUGUGGCAUUUUUUAAAUGAAUUUAUAUAUGUUUUAUAUAUAAGCAUGUAUUAUAAAUAUAUAAAUGUUUUAUAUUAUAUUAUACAAAUGUAAAAAAAAAACAAAAACUUAAGAUAUUAACAAUAAUUUCUAAAGAUCUGAUUGUUGGCACUGUCAUCCUCUAUGGCUGUAGUUAGUAGAAACUAAUAGGAAACUAAUAAAAUUUUGUAGUUUGAAUGACAUUAUUUAACAUAGGAAACUAACUAAAGUUUGUAAUUAGUGUAAUGUCACAUAAGUUUUUUUAAAACGCAUUUUGCUUUAACUAGGGUUAUUGUUGAUAUUGUUUUAUUUCAGGUAAAGACUUUGUUUCAAUAAAUUGUUUUUACUCUAUUA